AUGUCCGUCCUGGGCUACCCGGGCGCAUCCGUCCGUCCCGCCGCCGCACACCCGCACCAGGCCCGUGGCCCCGUCGGCCACCAGUUCUCCCCCUACGACUCCAACGGCGGCAGCAUCGCCGCCGUCUGCGGCUCCGACUUCUGCGUCAUCGCAUCCGAUACUCGUCAGAGCACCGGCUACAACAUCCAGACCCGCUACAAGCCCAAGGUGUUUCGUCUCAACGACAAAGCGACGCUAGCCACUAACGGCUUCGCCGCCGACGCCGAGGCAUUCGUCUCGCUCAUCCGCCAGCGCCUCGAGUGGUACCGCCACGCCCACGGCCGCUCGAUGCCCCUCCACUCGAUCGCACGCAUGAUCUCGACGAUGCUCUACGGCAAGCGCUUCUUCCCCUACUACGUCUACAACAUCCUCGGCGGCCUCGACGAAGAGGGCAAGGGCGCCGUGUACAGCUUCGACCCCGUCGGCAGCUACGAGCGCGAGUUUUGCAGGGCCGCAGGCGCCGCGCAGAGCCUCAUCCAGCCGUUUUUGGAUAACCAGAUCAUGUUCCGCAACCAGGUCUCGACGCCAGAGCGGCAGGUACCGACACCAGGCCAGAUGACGCUGCCCGAGGUGCUCAAGAUUGUAACCGACUCGUUCACCUCGGCCACGGAACGCCACAUCGAGGUGGGCGACGGCCUGGAAAUCUACGUCGUCCGCACGCCCACCAAGCUCGGCGCGCAGGCCGUCGGCGCCGCCUCGGUCGACCUCGCCGCGCUCCCUUCGGCCGUGCCCCAGACCGUCGACGAGGCCUACGGCGGCGAAGACGAGCAGGAGGACGGCGCCGUCAUGGUCAUUAGACGCGAUCUCAAGCUCGACUAG